UUAAUUCAGCAUCACUAAAACCUCUACUUAAGGAUGUUGCUUUAUCUAAAUGGAGUUGUUAAAUGAGCCUGUGACUCCCGCCAGCUGGAGGCACCAUUAGUACAGUGAAUAGUAGUUAGGAACAAGUAAAUAAAGGCAGAUCCAAAAAAUAAAGCAAUAGUCUUCUGGUGGGCAGGCUGUGACUCUUAUGCAACUUGAACUUGAAAUACAUUUAUCUUUGGAUGUAAUAUGUGUGGAAUGCUAUUUGUUUUUUUAGAUUUUGGAGGAGCUUCGUGUCCUAUCCUCAUUAACAAGACGUCCUUAUAUUGAUCAACAUAACUUUGGAAAAUGGUUGGAUUUGCACCUGUAGAUGUGCCUCCUUCAGCUGCUGUAAAGUUUGUGGGAGCAGGAACUGCAGCCUGCAUCGCUGACCUCCUCACCUUUCCUCUGGACACUGCCAAAGUAGGUAGAAAAAGCUCAAUCCAAGGAGAGGCCAGAGCCUCAGCAGCUACAGGUACAGGCCCUGUGGUGAAGUAUCGUGGAGUGUUUGGCACCAUCACUACCAUGGUGCGUACAGAGGGACCUCGGAGUCUUUACAGUGGUCUGGUGGCAGGACUCCAGAGGUAGAUGAGCUUCGCCUCUGUCAGGAUUGGUCUCUAUGACUCUGUUAAACAGUUCUACACUAAAGGCUCUGAUCAUGUUGGCAUCGGGAGUCGACGGCUUGCAGGAUGCACCACAGGUGCCAUGGCGGUUGCUUUUGCUCAGCCCACAGAUGUGGUGAAAGUCCGCUUCCAGGCUCAGGCCAUGUCUGGUGGGCAUGCUAGACGCUACUGCAGCACCAUUGAUGCUUACAGGACCAUUGCUAAGGAGGAGGGUGUUUGAGGACUGUGGAACGGCACUGCUCCAAACAUUGCACGUAAUGCUAUUGUUAACUGCACAAAGCUGGUGACCUAUGACUUCAUCAAGGAUAUGCUUCUUAAAUCCACAACCCUGACAGGUAACCUGCCCUGCCACUUUGUGUCGGCCUUCGGUGCAGGGCUGUGCACCACAGUCAUCGCCUCCCCCGUGGAUGUGGUCAAGACAAGAUAUAUGAACUCUGCUCUUGGCCAGUACAGCAGCGUCCUCAAGUGUGCUGCUGCUAUGAUGACCCAGGAGGGACCACUUGCCUUUUAUAAGGGGUUCAUGCCAUCUGUUUUACGCCUGGGCUCCUGGAACGUGGUGAUGUUUGUCCCAUAUGAGCAGCUGAAACGAGCCAUGAUGGCAGCAAAUCCCAGCUGCACAGCUGUAUAA